AUGGCGGAAGAGAAGCAACCGUCUCGCUUCAAGCGGCAGAAGAUGGUCGACGAUCGCGACAACCCGUACUUGGCUCACAUCUACGAGGACGAGCAGCACGACUCCGGCGUCUCGCUCAGCGGCGACUCCAGCACGAAUGGACACUUGAACGGCAGCACAUCAAAUGGCAACGGACCGGCACUGAAGCGACAUGCUACGACCGCAAAGCAAGCAAAGGUCGCUGAAGAUGGACCGACCAACUUCUUCAGUGGUGGUCACCUCUCGGAGCGCUACUUUGGCAUCCUCAAGAAGCGUCGAGACCUUCCCGUGCAUGCGCAGAGGCAGGAGUUCCUCGACAUGUACCAGAAGUCGCAGAUACUCGUCUUUGUGGGUGAGACGGGUUCGGGAAAGACGACGCAGAUCCCACAGUUUGUCCUCUUUGACGACCUGCCGCAGCAGCAGGGCAAGAUGGUCGCUUGUACCCAGCCGAGACGUGUGGCUGCCAUGUCCGUAGCGCAGCGUGUCGCGCAGGAAAUGGACGUUACGUUGGGUGAGGAAGUGGGUUACAGCAUUCGGUUUGAAGAUAUGACCGGCCCGAAGACGAUAUUGAAGUACAUGACGGAUGGAAUGUUAUUACGGGAGGCGAUGAACGAUCACGACCUUACGCGCUACAGCACGAUUAUCCUCGACGAAGCGCACGAACGGACGUUGGCGACGGAUAUUUUGAUGGGAUUGCUCAAGGAAGUGGUCAAGCGCAGACCAGACCUCAAGCUCAUCAUCAUGUCUGCGACAUUGGACGCGCAAAAGUUUCAGAAGUACUUCAUGAACGCGCCGUUACUCGCUGUACCGGGCCGUACGCACCCAGUCGAGAUCUUCUACACGCCAGAGCCGGAACGCGAUUACGUCGAGGCCGCGCUGCGUACGGUUCUUCAGAUCCACGCCACGGAACCAGAAGGAGAUAUUCUUCUCUUCCUGACCGGCGAAGAGGAGAUCGAAGACGCCUGCCGCAAGAUCAACCUCGAAGGAGACGAGAUGGUCCGCGAAGCUGAUGCUGGACCUCUCAAAGUCUACCCUCUCUACGGCACCUUACCUCCAGCCCAACAACAGCGCAUCUUUGACCCUGCUCCACCGCCAUUUAAACCCGGCGGUCGCCCAGGCCGCAAGUGCAUCGUCAGCACCAACAUCGCCGAAACCUCACUAACAAUCGACGGCAUCGUCUACGUCGUCGACCCCGGCUUCAGCAAGCAGAAAGUCUACAACCCUCGCAUCCGCGUGGAAUCUCUCCUCGUCAGCCCAAUCUCCAAAGCCUCCGCCCAGCAGCGCGCCGGUCGUGCGGGCCGUACGCGUCCCGGCAAAUGCUUCCGCCUCUACACCGAAGGCGCCUUCAAGAAAGAGCUAAUCGACCAGUCAUACCCCGAAAUCCUGCGCUCGAACCUCGCUAGUACCGUGCUCGAGCUGAAGAAACUAGGCAUAGACGACCUCGUGCACUUCGACCUGAUGGACCCACCCGCCCCGGAAACCUUAAUGCGCGCACUAGAAGAGCUCAACUACCUCGCCUGUCUCGACGACGAAGGCGAGCUAACCAACAUGGGCAAACUCGCCUCCGAAUUCCCCCUCGACCCCGCGCUGGCAGUGAUGCUAAUUGCCUCCCCCGAAUUCUACUGCAGCAACGAAAUCCUCUCCCUCACCGCCCUGCUAAGCGUGCCCCAACUCUUCGUCCGCCCGGCCUCCGCCCGCAAGCGCGCCGACGAAAUGAAAGACCUCUUCGCCCACGCCGACGGCGACCACCUCACCAUGCUCAACGUCUACCACGCCUUCAAAGCCCCGUCCGCGCAGGAAAACGCGAAACAAUGGUGUCACGACCACUUCCUCUCCUUCCGCGCGCUACAACAGGCCGACAACGUGCGUCUGCAACUCAAACGCAUCAUGGAACGCUCCGAGAUCGAACUCGUCUCCACCCCCUUCACCGACAAGAAGUACUACGAGAACAUCCGUCGCGCGCUGGUGGCGGGGUUCUUCAUGCAAGUCGCCAAGAAGGAUUCUUCCAACAAGACGUACACGACUGUGAAGGAUAAUCAGAGUGUCCUCCUGCAUCCGUCGACGGUGUUGGGGCAGGAUAGCGAGUGGGUCGUUUACAACGAGUUUGUGUUGACGAGUAAGAAUUACAUUCGUACGGUUACGGGGGUGAAGCCGGAGUGGUUGUUGGAGAUUGCGCCGCAGUAUUAUGAUUUGGAGGGGUUUAGUAAGGGUGAUAUUAAGACGAGUUUGUUGAGGGUGCAGCAGAAGGUGCAGAGGAGGGCGCAGAUCAAUGGUGGGAGGUAG